GUUCAAUCACAAUUUAGAAAACUGGUAAUAGUUUAGGACUUAACAUUAGCAUUCACACAUUGUAAAAAUAAAUGGCCACUAGGUAUGUUAAAACCCCCCAAUCAGAUUGGACUUGUCCAGAUGCAAAAUGUGCUAACGUUAACUUUGCUAGGAGGGAGGUGUGCAAUCGAUGUGGAAUAUCAAAACCAAUAGAGAAAAUUAAGAAAAUAGGAAGAGAAAUUGGGAAAUCUUUAGCUGAAAAGAGUAAGGGAUUAUUUAGUGCUGAUGAUUGGCAUUGUACUCAAUGUGGAAAUGUCAACUGGGCUAGAAGAAAUACAUGUAACAUUUGCAAUGCUGCAAAGUUUGGGAAAAUUGAGGAGAGAACAGGUUUAGGGGGUGGUUAUAAUGAGAGAGAAAGUAUAGAGUACAUUGAACGUGAUGACUCUGAUGGAGAAUAUGAUGAAUUUGGACGAAAAAAGAAAAAAUACAGAGAGAAAUUGAAAAGCGAUGGAAUAUCAGAUGAUGAAAAAGAAUCAUUAGACAAACCUGAUGACAAUGAAGAUGAGCAGACAUUUGAGGAUAACAAAAACACUGAAAACAAUAUUAAAGAGAUAAUUGAGAUGAAGACUGAAGUUAUAGCUAAACCAACCAAUAUAAUACUAGAGGAAAAUGGUGUUAAGAACCAAGAUAAAAUUUAUGAUAAAGAGAAUGAAUUGGAGGAAAGUGAGGAAGAGGAUACAGAAAAUGAAGUUGAUUUAUCCAAAUAUGAUUUGGCUGCUGAUGAUGAAUCUGAUGCAGAAAACAAAUCUACCUCUAGUGGAUCAUCCACGUCUUCCAGUUCUGACAGCGAAUCGGAUGAAAAUUCAUCUUCCUCUUCUGAAUCAUCUGCUUCAUCCACAAAGACAAAUGAUAGCAAAAAAUCACCUGAGUCAAAAUCAUUAGCUUCCUCUGAUUCCGAAUCCUCCUCCUCGGUGGACGACAAUGAUAUUAAUGUUGAAGCUACAAUAAAACGUCCAAAAGAGAACGAUGAUAAAAUUAUGUGUGACAGCACAAAAAGAAUCAAAUCAACCUCUUCUCCUAUUGACGAACAGUCGUGACUACUUCACCUACUCAAGCUCAAAUUUUAUAUUCUAUUUCCAAUUCCAACCUACAUGAUAAUAUUUAAUAAUUUAUCCAAAAAAAAUUAUGAUGAUAUUAAUAACUUUGCAAACUUAUAUCAAAAGAAAAAUAAAGGAAGACACAAAAUAUUUCCUACUCCUAUCAUUGUUAUAUAUAUAUAUAGUUUGAUGCGCCGUUAUCUCAAACAUCCGAAAGAUCGUAUAAUUUUCCCAUGAAUCGCAACGAAUGAUGAUGGAGAGAUUUAAUAUUUAAAAUAAGAUUUAUUAUCGAAAUAAUCAAUGAAAAAAAUUAUAUAAUUAGUAAUUACUUUUAUAAUUAUUUUUUUCCUUAAAUUCACAAAUCAAAUAUAAUUUUGUUUUAUAUUAUUUUAAAUUUAUAUUAGAAAAAUAAAUAAACGCAUUUUUUUAAAAAAA